GAUCAACUGGGAUUGGAUUCAUACCUCAUGUGAUCGACGUGAAGCCAGGGGAGGAUGUAUCUUCGAAAAUAAUGGCAUUUUCUCAGAAUGGCCCAAGGACUGUUUGUAUUCUAUCCGCAAAUGGUGCCAUAUCUAACGUCACCCUCCGCCAAGCUGCAACUUCCGGUGGCACUGCAACUUAUGAGGGGCGGUUUGAUAUAUUGUCCCUUUCGGGGUCGUUUAUGCUGUCGGAUGUUGGUGGUCAUAAAAGCAGAACGGGUGGAUUAAGCACAACACUAGCCGGGCCUGAUGGAAGGGUUUUUGGUGGGUGUGUGGCUGGUUUAUUCAUAGCUGCCUCUCCUGUGCAGGUAAUAGUCGGAAGCUUCUUGGCCGACAGUCGGAAAGAAUCAAAAUCUGCAAACUACAUGGAGUCGAUAUCCGCUCCACCAAAGGUGAACCUUAGCGGCCCAACUGGUGCCAGCAGCUCCCCUUCACGUGGGACGUUCAGUGGAUCAUCUGGUGGGCCCGCAAGCCCUCUCGACCUUAGCUCCGGUGCUUGCAAUAACAAUCACCCUCAGUCCAUGUCAGCAAUGCCCUGGAAGUGA